UGGGAUCCCCACCCGCGACAUGCGCGUCCUUCCGCCGCGCGCUUUUCGUGCGGCGGCUUUUCCAUUCUCUACGCUCAGAUACUCGUCUCGCGCUGCUCCGAUCGUUCGAGUUAGGAAACUCGGUAAUUUCGUUGAGACAGUCCUCAAAGCAAAGCCGCCACCAUGGAUGUCAUCAAGAAGAAGAUGCAAGCGAUGAAGAUUGAGAAAGACAAUGCUAUGGAUAAGGCCGACACCUGCGAAGGGCAGGCGAAGGAAGCGAAUAUGCGGGCGGACAAAGUUCUCGAGGAGGUUGCGGAUCUCACGAAAAAAUUGACUCAGGUCGAAGGUGAUCUGGAAGCCAACAAGCAAGCUCUCGAGCAAGCCAACAAGGAUCUCGAGGAUCGCGAGAAAUCUCUUACUAACGCCGAGUCCGAAGUAGCCGCUCGUAAUCGCAAAGUCCAGCUUAUUGAGGAGGACCUCGAGCGCUCGGAGGAACGAUCAAACACUGCGAUUGCUAAGCUGGCUGAAGCGUCGCAGGCCGCCGACGAAUCCAGCCGUAUGUGCAAAGUAUUGGAAAACCGUGCGCAACAGGACGAGGAGAGAAUGGACCAAUUGACGAAUCAACUCAAGGAGGCUCGCCUGCUCGCGGAAGACGCUGACGGAAAAUCUGACGAGGUAUCGCGCAAGCUGGCCCUCGUUGAAGACGAGCUCGAAGUCGCGGAAGAUCGCGUGAAAUCCGGUGAAGCGAAGGUCAUGGAACUGGAAGAGGAAUUGAAAGUCGUCGGUAACAGUUUGAAAUCUUUGGAAGUAUCCGAAGAAAAGGCCAAUCAACGAGUCGAAGAAUUCAAGCGCCAAUUGAAGACCUUGACGGUCAAACUAAAGGAGGCCGAAGCCCGUGCCGAGUUUGCCGAGAAGACCGUCAAGAAGCUCCAGAAGGAGGUCGACAGGCUCGAAGAUGAAUUGGGUCUCAACAAGGACAGAUACAAGUCGCUGGCCGAUGAAAUGGAUUCGACGUUCGCCGAAUUGGCAGGAUAUUAGAGUACUUUACUAUCUCGCUAUGCUUCGCGUGCCUAAUAAUUGUUUCAAUCUUCUUGUUGAGAAAUCGACAUUCUAUAUUUGCGCGAACAAUGUUACAGCUCGACGUUCGACGAAAAAGAAAGAAAUAACUAAAGGAUAUGCCGUGAAUAUCAUUUACUAUUCACGUUCGCUAUCCUUGUAAUUAAUGUUAUUAUUAUGAUGGAGCUCUAUCGAUGUGAGCAGAACGUAAUCAAUUUUAUUCUGUUACAUUAUUGUGUACCAAAGAUUAAGAGAAAUUCAAUAAACAGUAAUAUAAAAUCGAUAAA